GUCGCCACCUCAAGGUCGGGAAGCGGUUCGGAAGCAUUUGCAUAAAGCGCUAAAAAAGGGAGACUUGUCUGGGCAGACGAGGUGAUAACGACCAACGAGCACAAGCGAAGAGGAAGGCCAACACACACAGGCAGGGAGGCAGGCACACCCCCUCACACACUCGACCUCAUGCGCCAAACUCGAACAAGUUGUCAGAGAAAGACUACCCAGUAGCACAAAUUUGCUUCUUCAUUUUCUUUGAGGGGACACAAGGACGCCAGAGGACACUUGGAUUCCAGGGCGGUUGAGGAGUCAAGGACAAAGCAGGAGGAGGAGGAGGAAGUUCCAAUUGGAGCGCUUUGGACUUUAUUCUUAAAAAUGGAACAGUCGCCGCAGAUUUGGCACACGCAGGUGGACCACCCGGAGGCUACCGGCGAGCCCCGAAAGAAGAUGUCCAUCGCGAGCCAGCUGGAGUGCCCCAUCUGCUACAACACCUACGACAACGUCUUCAAAACCCCAAAGUUGUUGACGUGCACUCACACCUUCUGCCUGGAGUGCCUCUCCCGCCUCAUGGCCAUCUCGCCGGCCGAGCACGACGGCGCCGCUCCGGGGACGUUGCAACUCUUUUGCCCUUUCUGCCGCCAUAGCACCACUUUGCCAGAAGGGGGCCCCCCGUCUCUGCCCACCAACCACGAAAUGCUGCACAAGCUGCCCGGUCACCAGCAGCAGGAGGAGCCCGUUUGGCUGGACGGGGAGAAGCUGUGUUACAAAAGCAACAGGCCGGCGUCCGACAGCCUCUCGGCUUUGUGCGUCUGCAUCGACAUUGGCGCCGACAAGCGGGGCGGCGCUCCGGUUCAGUCGCCGUCUCAGAAUUUAGGCCUGCUGGACCGGAUGGCAGACUGGAAGCGGAUGACGCUCUUCGUGGUGCUUAUGGUGCUGCUGAUAAUUGUGGUGCUGUGGCCGCUGCAGUGUAUAUUCAGCACUGGAAACAUGCGAUGUAUGCAGAUGGUCCGCCCGAACCGCACCGCCGUCACCGCGACCAUGGUCCCCGCUUUUGACCCACUCAACUGACCUGCGCGUCUGUCAGAAUAGACAUGAACAAUAAUCGGCAGGUGGGGGGACUUGACUCCGUGUAUAGUUUGCGGAUCACAUCAGAGGGAUGGCCUGAAGAAAAUGCUUUGGAAAUAGUUUCACUUUUGUAAGUAGUUUCACUUGUGACGGGCUCACUGUGUUUUCCAUUUGAUUUGCCUCCUACAGCACUUGGCCACAAGAGGUCGCUCUCCUGA